CUAAGGGGCCCCUGAGGGGUUGGGGGACUCAGAGGGGACCGGGACGAGGGGUUUUGUCCCUGCAAGGGUCGCCAGGGACUCCUCGCCCAGCCCCGUCUCUGUACAACCCCAGGGAGGGGGUGUCAGGUCUUGCUGUGACUUGAGAACAUGCGGGGUUUAACGGCUUAAUUCCUGCUCCGCAGUAUACAGAAAAAGCAUGCCUUCGUGGGGAUGAAGUUUCUGUCAUGUUUUCCUGGAUUCUAUACGUUUAAUCUUAAAAUGCAGGAAACCAAGCAUAAAAGGCAUUAGCGUCUUUAACUUCACCAAGUUAGCCUUUACUAAUGCUAUCUAAUACUUAUUGCAACAUUUAUUAUAACAAAGCAAUCACAGUGUGGUUGUGGUUCACAUAUUUGAUGCUAACGUUAAGUUUGUCACAGGGUAAAAGUGCAGCCUCCUAGUUACUUGUGAAACAUCUGUGGUGAGGUGACAGGGAGCUGUCAUUAUGGGAGAGCAAAGAAUGACUCAGUGUUUCAUUUGCCUCAAAAUCCCUCACUAACAAUGCACAGACUGUCAAAGCUUGUAAAUGUUAUCCUGGAAGUUAGAGGUAAUGAGACUGGAAACACUGAAGAGAAGGAAGAGACCUCUUUUUCUGAUCUAUCAAAAGACCAGAAGAUUUGCAAAGUGACUGAAUCAAAAGCCACAAUGGCAUCUGAGAAGGAGAAUUUAAGCGAUGGGAACCAACUGUGGUUGCAAAAACAAGCGCUGAAAUACUCCAAAGUCCUAGAGAAGGAAUCAUCCCACAGCAGAAAGGAUGCUAGCUGUCCGCUUGCUGAAUGCUCUGUUGAUACGCUGAAAGGGGAUGUGCUUGGUGAACCUUCCUGGUCUUUGAACAGUAAGGAAAAUUUUUCAAGAAGUGGACCCGGUUCUUUGGGGGAUGAAUGCUGCUUGCCACCCAACAGGGACAAAGCCGAAGAAAAAUCCUAUUGUGGAAUAGUGGAGAAACCAAGGAGAAAUAUGGUUGACUUUGCAACUGUAACAACUGCUGAAUUUGGGAUUACUCAAGAAAGUUUUACUAGUCCACCUAUGGGGAAGUCUCCAAAUGCAUUAAAGUUAAGACGAAGAUCAGCAAUUGGAGUACGAGGGUCACCAGAAAAUAAUGCCCUUAUUCAGUACCUUGCUCAGCAGAGAAGCAAUCGGCAAAAAGAAACUUUUACACAACCUGCUAGUCCUUUUAAAUUCGCCAAGUCAUCGAAGAACAAAAUCACUGUCUUUCAAACACCUUUGAAAUCAGUGCAAGAAGCUGAAGGGCAGAAGAACUUCCCUGGACUCUCACAAGCGUCUGGUACUUCUCAGGAAGCAGAGUGUUCUGAGAACCAAGUACCAUUCACAACAAAGCGCAGUCUGGAUCAGCAGAGUGAGAAGCCUGUGUCUGACUACAGUGGAGCUGAUUUGAAAGAAAAUUUAAAACAGAACUUGAGCUAUGGCAGUAAGCCUGAUUCCAAGAUGUGCACCAGCUUGUCUUCACACCAGGAUGUGACUGUCACUGAACCUGCUCUUUCUAAGGAAUGGGCUUAUAAGCAACACAAUCCUAUUGAAUAUUCGGAUGCAAUUCUCAUUAGAGAUAUCUUAGAAAUGAGCCAUGAACUGAGCCUGGAAAUCCAUGAUGAAAGCAAGCCACCUGUCACACCACUACGAGUGGGAAGUGCUUCAUUAAAUGAACGUACAAAGAGUGGCUCCCAGCUGCGAUCUGUGCUGAAGAAAACACCACCAAAAGAACUGACGGAUUGCAUUAAGGUAUACUCAGCUGAUACUGUUGGCAGUGGAGGAAGAGAAUCUCUCACAGUCUCUGAAGUAAAAAUCUAUGAAGCAUUGCAAACAGUAGAGAAAACUGAACAAUAUAGCUCUGAAAGGCCAAAGAAGAAAAAAGUUACUUUUGGAGAAGAUCUCAGCCCAGAAAUAUUUGAUAAAACUUUGCCUGCAAAUACUCCCUUGCGCAAAGGAGCAACACCAGGCCGUCAUCCGGGAUCACAAAGCAAUAGCCCUUUUACGAGGUCAAGACUCAUUGAGGAGCCAUUACCCCAGCCAAACUUUGAUUGCGAUGAUCAAUGCGUUGAGCCUCUUGAAGAGUUACGAGAGGAUUCUGUUGCUGCAGAAGACCUCUCACCUGUUGAAAAUACCACAGAGGUCACUGGUGUAGCUGCAGAGUCUGCCUGUUGUUUAGUAAAAGAAUCUGACAAAUCUUACACAAUGACAACUCGUUCCUCUACUAAAAGGAAGUCCAGUGCUGAAGAUCUUCACUGUAACAGUGAAUUGUCCACUAGCCAUAAAACAAACAGACAUCAUCCUACCUGUAUCUCUUCUGGUUGCUGGAAUUUUAAGUGUAGCACCACUUCAGAUGAGGUUGAUCUUAGUAUCCCAAGAGCCACAAGUGCUAAGAAUGUUAAAGAUACCAAAAAUCCAAGGAAAAACAAACUUCAAAGACCAAAGAGUAUUACCACAUCUGCUGCCAAAAAGACACAAAGAACAAAACAUGCAAGCUCUGGGAAAAGAAGAAAGAGAAAAGUUAAAAAAUCUUUGUAUGGGGAAAGAGAAAUGGCUUCUAAGAAGCCUCUUCUGAGCCCUAUCCCUGAGAUUCCAGAAGUUCUCUCUUCUGCCUCAUCUCCAAGCUCACCAAAGGCAAAUGCACUUCCAGAGGAUGCAUUUUUAGAUUGGAAAUCCAGCAGUGGUCAAAAGGAUGUUCAAUGGAAGCAAGCAAUAGAAGGAAUGAGAGAGGAAAACAUCCCUGAUGCUCACGUGUGUCCAAUCUCUGAGGACCGGGAUGUUGUAGAAACCAGCAGCCCUGACAUUACGGUGUUUCAGGUGUCAGAUGGUGAUCUGAAGUCAGUUUCUGGCCCUGAUCAUAAGUUUCCAAGCAUUGUACCAGACACAAACUAUGUUUCUGACACAUAUCACUGUUUCCAGCAAGCUGAAGAGACUGAGUGUUUAAAAGAGGAAAAAGGAGGUGAUUGCUUGAUAGAAAAUGAUAACUUACAGGGAAAUUUCCCAAAUACGGAAGAGUGGCUAACAGGGCUAGAAUUUCCAGAACAGCAGCACACUGGCAUACAUGAGAUUGCCCAAAGAACUGGCCGGCCACCAAAAAAAUCUUCAAGAGGUAGAGCAAGAAGGAGAAGCAGUACUGUCUAUACUCCUCCUGUUGAAAAGUUUGAUUUUGAAACAAUUGGAAAUGAUCUUCCACUUCCUUUUAAUGUGGAGGAAGUCUUAUCUGCUCCUCAGCUGAAAAAUGACUCCUCAGAAGGCCGAAGGAAGAAUGGGAGCAGCAGUGAAACGAGCAGGGUGAGACGCAGCAUGAGGCUACACAAAGAUGCAGAAACGGAAGGACUGGCGUGGAUUGAAGUGCCCAGUGAGAUUCUAAAGAACCCUCCUCUGGUAGCUUCUGGUUGCAAAACCAGGAGAACGAUAAGCACGUGUGUCCUUACAGAAUCUGAGAACAUUCACCACAGAGAAGAAAAUCCCAUACAGUUUGCAGCGCCAGGGAAGGAGAACAGUGACCCUGUUAAUCCUGCUGAUGGUUCUUGCAGACGAUGGAGGAGGAAGAGCAUGUGUGUACCAACGCCUCAGGAAACAAGAACUUGGUCUCAAACCCGGAAAAGGAGCAUAACAAAUUCCGUACAUAGCAAGGACAGAAGGAACCAAAGACUCUCUGAAGAAGCAGAAAUACCUGUUGAAAAUAAGGCUAACACUUAGUGAGGUUUCAGAUACCUCCCAUUUUCUAAAGUGAAGACGUCAUCAGUUUUUCCCAAGACAAGAACUCCUAAGUCAACUUGAAAGGAACUCCGCUAAUUAAAUGGUGUUCAUCUUGUACUGCUAUAGAAAUAUUUUGGAAUUUAUCAAAACAGUCUCCUUCAGGUUUUAUUUUGGCAUUUGUGUCACAAUGAAAAUUUUCGGUUUGGAAACAGGAUGGCAACAAGCAAGUUACUUGGGUUAAAUUUUGUGGUGAUAGCAGUAUGUUGGCUUGCCAGGAGAGGGCAGUCUGACAUGAGUUUUUGUGGUUAUCACUGAAUUAUCUUGAAAAUGUACAAAACUUUGAACAAAUGUUAGCUGAAAUUAUAAUCUAAAGUUAUGUGUUAUCAAAAUUGACUAAUAAUAGCUGCUACUUCUAACAGUCAAAAAAAAUCAGAACAGCAAGUGCACUAAGUACUAAAACUUAUGCUAGAGAGGUGAAAUGCUUAUGCACUGUAUUCAGAUAUGGCUUUCUAUGUGGAAAUCACAUAGCACUCUUAAACACAGCAGGGCUCUGCAGUUGCUGCAGAGAUGUUAGGGUUUACCUGUAACAUCACAUCAGUGUUUACCUGUUACAUCACACCAAGCAGUGAGGGAAACCUCUGGAGACUGUGGGUGUCAGAUCCUGAGUAUCAGACUCGAACGGUCAGGUCAAGUACAGAGACGUCCUGGAGGAAGGAGGCAAUAAACUAGCAUAUGGACACGAGAGGGCUGAAUCUCCAAAGUGCUGCCUACAGCCUGCUUUUUGUGGUGCUGCUGUCCUAUGCGUCAGUCACAGCAGCAGUGGAAGUGUGUUCUCCCUCGAGGUUCCUUGAGUGGAUGUGUUAAGUGCACUUUAGAUGUGGAGUGUAAGUAAAAUCAGAAAUAGACGAGCAAGGGUAAGGAGAAGGAAAAACGAAGCUUGCAUUUGCCUCCUGGCACAACUUGGUUGAAAAAGGUUGAAUUACGUAUAGAUGCUCGGUGGCAGUUCGCGUGGCUUGUUUGAGGGUGAGGUUCAAACCUGCAGAGAAAUAAAGGUUGCAGUAACUGGGUUGAAUCUGGAGAGGACUUAAGAGGAGGCGAGUCUUCAAUUAUGCAGGGCCUUGUUGGAGGAGGAGGUUAAUGAUCAGUUCUCCAUAUCUGUACUGGAGGGGACAAUAAACAAUGUUUGUAAAUUAGAAAAAAAUCUUUUUAAGCAGUAAGAAGCAGCUCCAGCACCAGAGAUGGCUGAGCACAAGAAUACAUUGCCUCAGGAAGUUGUGAAUCUCCAGCACUGGAGGCUUUUAAGAAAGAUUAAGCAAACAUCUGUAAGGAAUAUCUGCCUGUGACUUGCUCUUCUGAGGAAAAGCAUCUCUUGACUCCUGGAAUAGUGUAACCAGCAAUUUGAUGGCGGUGCUGCUUUGCAGGAAGGGUGACCAGCACUGUUCCCUUUCCAGUUUUGCUUUUCUAAAACUGAGUUUCCAUAAACCUUUGAAUGACAGCAGCUUCACUCUCCCCAUUCAGUGAACAGAAGUACUUUGAGUUGGUCUCUUGUCUUUGUUGCUGGGUGAGGGUAUAGGAAUUAAAAUUCAAGUAUACGUGCAGUAAGUCCCAAGGUUCAAGAGAUUUUGCAGUUGUAGUUGAGUUUUCAGCUGGUAAUUGCAGCACUACCUGGAGCAGCCUUUCCUGGUGUUCUGUCAGGUUGGAUUAGUCACUAAUAACCACUUCCAGUUUUACUUGUGAUGUGGUCGUUGGACAAGAAUGCCCCAAAUCAGCAUUGUACAACUGAGCUGUGUUUUAGUUUGAUCAGUCAAGCAUCACUACACAAUAUGUUAGACCAGGAGCUAUGCAGUCUCCUGUUUUGAAGGCUAGCCUUUGUAGCCUUCAGUUUAAGUCACCGUUUCAACUAUUUUUAACUAAGUUCUGUGUCAAGUUUGUGUAUUUUAGUGGCGUCAGAGGAAAUUUGUGGUACUGGAUGUUUUUACCUCUCAUUCACUUUCACUACUAUUCUAAGGGGAAGCUUUUCUCUCUUUAGAGGGUUAUUAUAAAGACAGGUCUGUGUAUUCAGUAAUGAUAUAGCUAGUAAUAUAUUACCAAUAUAUUGCUUUGUUUGUGCUUUCCCAUGAAGUGCAGUCUUAAAGUAUUCUUGGCUAUUCAGGCAGCUGAAUAUGUGGAAGCAAGAAGGAGUACAUCGCAGCUGGGAUGGUCUUCCCAUAGACUUGCAUUCUAUUAGUCAGUUGAGAAUACAAAGAGCAGUAAUACUUCACGUCCUGACUUCAGAAAGUGUUAAAGGGACAGAUUAGGGUCUCUAUUUCUAUUUUCCAGCAGUUAUUUUAUGCCAGUGUUUUACCAUAGUGAAGAUGCUGACUGAUUACAGAAGUGGAGACUGCAUGACCAAGUUUUCUCCCAUGUGAUUUAAGAGAGUUCAAACAACUUUCUCAACCUGGCACUCACUGUAAGCAGUGGAAAGAAAAUAAGGAGAAUAGUAUGUACUAUUUUUAUCAUUUGCUGAUAAGCUCUAUUUGAAAAUAAUUGUAAAUAAAGAGCUGAAGACAUGAAGGUUUUUCUCUACUUGCUAUUGACCAAUUUGGCAAUGGAAAGGGGAAUUGAAAUGCCUGAGUGUUGCAUAUAAAUUUCACUACUGUAUGUUUAUUUACUUGUGAUAAUGAUGUAGUUGUUUAGAACUCCACUAAAAUGUUUUGUGCUCUAGCUCCUCUUCCUGACUCUGAAUCCUCUAGCACUCUUAUAGUUUACUUAGACCUGGAAAGAAUUUAGCAAUGAAGUGAUCUAUGCACGAGGAAGCAAACAGAAAAUCAUUGUUAGAUCUGUAUACAAGGAAAUGGAGAGAGGAAAAAAAAAGCCAUUGAUGUAUGCCAAGUAUAGUUUAAGCCUAUAGAAAAAGGAGCGGGCAGUGAAGAAAUUUAAUUUUCAAGCUGCUAACAGGUAUGUAAGUGAUGGAAAUCAUUUCAAAAACAAACUGUAACGUGUGGUUGAAUAUUCCUUCCAAUUGCACAAUUUUUAAAUUAGGAGGUAAACACUGCAAAUCACAUUGUUUUAACUUGAAGUAAGGUAGUGCCUAACUCCACUGUGUUCCUGUGGAAAAAAUGAGGUGGUGCCUGUAACUUAUAGACAAGAAGGCUAAUGUAUUAGUUUUGUAAUUAACUUGUGUAAAUUGUGCAUAACAGAGCAAUUAACUACUUUAACCAAGCUUUGGAGGGAGACGAAGAAAAACCUGUGUGCGCUGGGAAUGAGGGCAUGGAACAUAUUCCCUAACUCAAACCUGAAAAACCUGGUGUUAGUCUUGGGUUAUUUCCAGUGACCCCUUGACUCCCAUCUUCCUGCCCCCUGCACAGAUUUGGAACUGGUCAGCCAUUUUUGUUUUUGGAAGGGAGAGGAGACAGAUAUAAUGAAUGGCUUUUAUUGUGCAAUAUUUCAAAACCUUUUUGACUGCGUUCGGAUGGGAUGGAAAAUGUUCUACCCUGUACUGUAGCCAAAACAAACAAAACAUAUUCCCUAAACCUGGAUGUGUGUUUCACUCAAACUGGCAGUAGUUAGAGCUCUACUCUUAAACAAGAAUUUAGUUUGACAAUUUUUAGGCCUUGUUCAGCUGAAUGUAACAGCCAAAGAAAAUACGGGGAAAAAAAUUAAAUAAUACACAUAUUUACAGCUUGCAGGUGGCAUUAAUUUUUGCAGUUCAUAGUGUUUAGUUUCAAGAAUCCCUGUUAGUUGGGAUAUAUUGUAAAUGUUAAAAAAUAUUCUUAAUUGUCUUUUUUUAAAUGAGUUUUUGCUUUUUUUUUUUUUAUUUAAUGAAAAUAGUCAUUCUGAAGGAAAAUACAUUUUAUGUAGCUCCCUGAUGGGUGAUAAAUAGCUGUGAUUCAAGGCUUUAAAAGUUUAGGGUCUACCAAGAAACUGAAAAUUCUGCAAACACAAGACCCAGCAAUCUAGCAGUAAAACCUCUUGACAGAAACCUGCUAGGGCCUGGCUUCCAGCUCCACUAAAGUUUAGUUUAAAUACCCUCUUUAUGGUGCAGGCUUACUGCUGGUUUUUGGCAUCGCCGGUCAGUUCAGUGAAGACCUUGCAGUGUGUAACCAAGAUAAUUCAUGUUAUGCAACAUGUUUUAUGGCCUGAGCAACCGUAUUUAUCGUUAAUAAUAAUAACUUCAAAUUUAGACACCUAUGCCAAGAGGCCUCCGGGUAUUGUAACAAUGAAGAACUAAAACUGUAAACUAUCAAAACAGACACCAGGCGUGGACAUCCCACCCUGCCAGCCCUGCAAACACAUCCUCUGUUCUUAAUCCCACCCGCCAAAGAAAAGUCCCUUUGAGCAAAUAAAAUGCAAAACUCCUAGUGUUUUUAAGUAGAUAAAUGAACCUCAUUUUAAAAAUUAUUAUGAUUAAAUCAUUAAAGAUUACAAACAAGGUAUCUUGAAGUCCGAAGAGCAGUUGUAAGAAAAAUAGUGAUUGUUCCUCAAAACCCUUAGUGACAAACCAAACAAACCAAGCCCAGAAUCAGAAGUUUGGGUCUAUUGGUCAGGGUUUCGUUUUGUGCUGUUCUUGAAUUAAGCGUUACUCAGUUUUCUUGCCCUUUCUUUCAUUUAUUUGCCAGCCCUGUAGCAUCAGGAUGAAAAAUAUGAAUCUACUAUUACCAUCCAUUAAAUCAACUGAGUUAUACUGAAGACACUUUUGAAGUCAAGCUUCACUCUGUCAUAAAUAAGCUGCCUAUGUCAUACAAAUGUUUGGACAAACAAAUGCACUUAGUUCCAUGUUCAGAAGGUCAGUAACACUGAGUUUUGGUAGUAAAUAUUCAUUAAUGCAAAUCUGCUAAGGUUGUAAGGGAAUUCAUGUUUGAACUAUGAUUUGGAUAUGUUGAGUAUCCUCCUGUGUGCUAUCAAGAAAGUAAUUGUGUGGUUACUAAUAUUAAUGAUUAAUAGAAAGGUCCUUUCACUUUCCCCUCAAAAAAAAAAAAAAAAAAAGCACUCAUGGCAUGUUUUGCAAGAAAAGCUUUGUAAAGUUUAUAUAAGUACUAGGUAAUGUUACAUAGAGCUUAUCUUAAUGCUGAGCAUUACAUAAUACACUCCACAGAACACGA